GACUUCCAAAUACUCUAUGGGGCCUACGUCAGACCGCUCCUGGAGUGCGCCAACCAAGUUGUCUACUCAGGACGCACGAAAGACGUCACCCUCAUUGAACGUGUCCAGCGGGCCGCCACGAAAAUGGUUGCCGGCCUCAAAUCCGUGGACUAUGAAACGCGCCUCGCGAUGCUUGAUCUCUUUCCCCUGAAGUACCGCCGCCUCCGGGGGGACCUACUCCUUACUUACGCCCUGUCUGAACAAGGCUUGGCCAGCAGGACUUCACCGUUGACCCAGCACUCACAGCUGGGACAAACCUCCUCUCGAUGCAUCUCAAUGAAUUGUCCAAAGGUUCGUAAGUCUUGGUUCUGCGGUAGUCCUACAACGACACAGUUACAUUCAUCUGGUGUGUCACAAACCCUGAGCCCGAGUUUAAAUUGCCAACUCCUCGUGACAACCACUGAUGAGAAUCGGGAACCAAUCUGUGUCACUGCUUCAGAUGUCCUUACAUUAACCGCAUUUUAUCCUCGUGCUGUGGUCGAUUUUGGGACUGAAAACUUUACCAACCGACCGUUUGUGCGUUACCUACUGCUGGAAAACCCGCACGAUGAAGAUCAGUAUGUAUCUAUCCGGCGCGGCCUACCCCCCGACGAAUUCAUGCUUACUUGGAUUGAGUCAGAACAUACCUUAACGACACAAUCAGACCUAACUUGGAAGACACCGGGAUACGAAUUACUCACCUCCUCUUCCUCAGCUCCAGAUUCCAUUUGCGUUCGUGGUUCACAUGGCCGGUGUCUCCUUCGGAUCACAUGGAAUCCAUCUCAACCAAAAUCUUCAGACAAUGGUGGGGGCGGUUUUUACCACAUCAUCCAAUUUCGUGUAAAUGAUGCGUUCUCAUUGCAAGCUCUGGUUGUUGGACGAUUGCUUGCCCCUGUCGUGGAGAGGAAAACACGUCUGAAGCGGCCGCAGCGUCUCCAACCCACCGUCUUCUCUAUGCCCCUUGGGAUCACUGCACUGCAACGCACACGCAGUUAUGACAGGUUCCACACUUCGCAAGCAGCACUUCCUACUGCAUUGUUGAUAGAACAAUGUCAACGAGGUGGUUUGGAACGUUCAUUUUCAGCCCAAUACAUUGACGAAGAAUCGGCCUCGUUCGGACGACCGAAGCACAGCCUGAAAGAAACAUAUCCCGGACGCGUUCAAAAUACUACAGUACAAACUGCAAUCGUCGGGGAUGUUGUGCCGGAACGCGUUUCUCGUGUCUCUAGUGGUCAAUUUCAGUCAGCCCUACGACGACAGUCUGUUAGCCUACCUCGCCUUCCUGGACCACAGUGCACAUUUCUGGAUGAUGCCAGCAAGCGUCCAGCAUCCUCGUUACACAGAACGCGACCAGCAGCCCUCAAUCUAAUUCCCGCCCACGCCACAGAUGUUGGUUUUGUGUCACCCAAACUCAUCCGGUCUCCAGCCCUUAAACGAGAUCCUCAGUUAACUCACUCUGGAAUUUACUACUCGGGUCAGCCCGGAGGCAACCUAUUCUAUCCAAAUGCCCCUGGUUUACUAUCCGAGCUCAGUGAACGCGGUCUCACACAAUGGUUGAACAGUGUUUUCGCCCCCUGUAUUGCAGCCAACAGCAAUGCCACCCGUGCAGAAAUCCCAUGUGCCUUGGGAGGUCGGUCCUACUGGGUUUCGUUGAACAACGCUGUGGACAUGCUACAUACACCCAUCAUGACAGGCCCAGGUCAACGUGUGGAGCGUGAAGUAGAUGAGGGCAAAAUUGUACCUACGUAUGACCUGUCAUUUCGUGUGGACAAAGGUGCCCAAAGACGGCUGAUGAGUCAGCUGACGGAUAAUUACGCUCCCAUAUGGUUACACUUAGCUCUCGAUGCACUCAAUGGAGCGCCAGUCCCCAAGAGUGCCCACGUCUCUGCAGUGGAUGGUGUUCUCAAAUUGUCAGAUCCCACACGGCUUGCACCCCCUCCCGUUCCACUCAGCCAGAAACUUCGGAUCUACUUGUUCACCGGCAGCUCCGUAUCUAAAUGUAUACCUACAUCUGUACCUGCACAGUCAAAGAAACCUACUGCCGAUCCCAUUCCACAAAAGCCAGGAACCGAAAUCGAUCCAAGAGACAUAGUCAACGGACACCGAGAGAAAUCGCUGGCGUUACUCUGGUGUCUAUUGCUCCGUUACCAAGUCCUCAGUCUGGUCGAUAUGAGACUGUUGGACGAAGAGAUUGAACGCCUUCGAUCGAUUCCUACGGGUGACAAAGCUCCCGAUUCAUCAGAUGGUGAGGAAACGGGCACACACAGUGACGAUGUGGUCCAUAUGAAAUUGUUCCUAUGGGCCAGUCUCGUUUGUCGCCUUUAUCAGGUGGAGGUUCUGAAUCUGGAUGAGUCGUUUUCCGAUGGCCGGGCCCUGUGCGUACUCUUGCAUCACUAUCUUCCCACAGUGUUGCCCGGUGGCUUGGUUCGACACCUGACCACUUCAACUGCUUCGAGUUACCAUUUGGCGCGACGUACUCCACACCUAGCAAGGACAAAUCGGUACAACCUGCAGCUGUUCCAACGCAAGCUCUCGUAUUUGGGAGAUGUUCCUGCCCUACUGGAACCUAGUAUGAUACCUGAUUUCGGUGACCAGCCUGGAUUACUUCCCCCGGCUCUCGUGUUGGCUACGUUGGCCUAUCUUGUCAGCCGUCUAAUCUCUAUUGGACGACAAAAGCUACGCGAUCUGGUGGAGGACCACGCGGCUCGAAUUUUACAGACUGCCUGGAGGAAGCGUCAGCAGGUUUUGCAGGCGAGGAAUCUUCGGUUGUUGUCGUGUCAUAAGCGCGCUACGUCUCCCCGGUACGCUAUCCUUCUAUUCUAUUUCCUAUUUGUUUUUUCAUUGUUACUUACUUAUCAGCGAGAAAAAUGUGCAGCGGUUGUUAUCCAGUCGUGUUGGCGUGGAUUCCUUGCACGCAGACAACUGUUCGUGGAGCGGCGUGCAGCAGUCCGUAUCCAGACAUGGUGGCGCGGUAAAAUAGCCAAGCAAAACUGGGUCGCUUUACGUCGAUGGGUGAUCGAUGUACAGCGUAUGGGCCGCACUCACCUGGCACGCGAGCGUUAUUCCAUCAUGCUUGUUGACGCCGAACGGAGAAACAAAGCAGCUAUUCGUAUUCAGUCAUUCUGGCGCACCUGCCUUUUCCGCCGACAGCUGGCUGCUGAGCGCUGUUCAGCAGUUCGAAUACAGGCCUUGUGGCGUGGUAUACUGGCUAGGCGAAAGUAUGUCUCCACUUACCAAUGGUUCGUGGAUGUCCAACGAAUAUGUCGCGCUCAUUUGGCCAGGCAACGACUCGUCAACCUAAUGAGCAACGUAGAGCGAGAAAAAUGUGCAGCGGUUGUUAUCCAGUCGUGUUGGCGUGGAUUCCUUGCACGCAGACAACUGUUCGUGGAGCGGCGUGCAGCAGUCCGUAUCCAGACAUGGUGGCGCGGUAAAAUAGCCAAGCAAAACUGGGUCGCUUUACGUCGAUGGGUGAUCGAUGUACAGCGUAUGGGCCGCACUCACCUGGCACGCGAGCGUUAUUCCAUCAUGCUUGUUGACGCCGAACGGAGAAGCAAAGCAGCUAUUCGUAUUCAGUCAUUCUGGCGCACCUGCCUUUUCCGCCGACAGCUGGCUGCUGAGCGCUGUUCAGCAGUUCGAAUACAGGCCUUGUGGCGUGGUAUACUGGCUAGGCGAAAGUAUGUCUCCACUUACCAACUGUUGAUCAAUGUUCAAUGUGUAUGCCGUGCUCACCUUGCACGCAAACGCUUUUCUGACCGUGUGGUUGAAGCUGAGCGGAGAAACCGGGCAGCUAUCCUCAUUCAGUCGCAUUGGCGCAGAUUGCUGGCGCGCCAACAGUUUGCUAAACAGCGAAGUGCAGCAAUUUACAUCCAGUCUUGGUGGAGAGCUCAACUAGCCAAGCAAAAGUGGCUUUCCAUCCGUCUGUGGGUUAUUGACUUACAACGCACAGGUCGUCGUUACCUGGUGCGAACACAGGUUUCCCGUCUUGUCUUUGAAGCCGAGCAGGCCAACCGAGCUGCAGUGCGCAUUCAGUCGUGUUGGCGUGGUUUCCUUGAACGCCGACGGCUAUCUAAGAAACGUAGUGCAGCCGUUCGAAUUCAGGCGUGGUGGCGAGGUCAACUAGUCAGGCGAAAAUGGCGUGAGACUUGUCAGGCCGUUGUCAUUGUUCAAGCGUACAUUCGCGGAUUUUUAGCCCGUCGUCGCGUUGCCCAGCUUCGUCGGACAGCUGUUCAGCUCCGAGCCGCGACUGUCAUACAAGCUUUUUGGCGUGGAUUGGUUGUUCGCAGAAGGCUUUCUAAUGAACGAUUAGCCGCUUCACGAAUUCAGCAUUGGUGGCGUGGUCGGAUUGCUCACCAACGAUUUGUAAGAACAUAUCAGGCGCAGAAAAGCGCGCUAAUCAGAGGGAAGAUCGGAACCACAGCCAUUCAGCGCACCAACAAACUGAAGACGAAAUGCAGCAAGAUUACCUUUGAGUUCCAUUUGGACUCAUCAGAGGCACAUCGCCUGAUCAGAAUAAGAACGCAGUUAUUUGCAGCUACGAAAGUCGCAGUUAACUCUCCCAAUCGUCGUCUGUGUGCUCGAGCCCGCGCGGCAGCUGAUUGUCUCAUUCAUUCUCGAUCUGUCACGCAGGUAUUGCAAGCAAUCAAGGAACUCGAAAUAUUCACUCGCUUAUCUUCGGAGAUUUGUUUCUGGUCGGUGGGUGUUCUCUCCGCCAGAAGCAACAGCAGCGCGAAAUCUCAGGUUCCGUCACACCCAGCGGACCGAUCGCCGUUGCUUCAUCUACUCUUUCUUGAUGUUAUUCAAGCCUGCAAUCGUUCAGUCCCACACGAAGAUAUCCUUCUUCGAGUGACGGGUACUCUACUGAACAUAGCGCGUCAUCGACGCUUAGCUGAACAUGCCUCUCUUUGGUGGACGCCACCUUCGUCUCAAGUCGACCAUGAAACCUGGAUUUCGCCGGCAUUGAUCGCCCGAACACGGUCGCGCUUAAGUCUUUCCCUCUCCCCAACACGCAAACUGUCUUCGACAACUAAUACCGAAAAUCAAUGCCUACACAGUCCACCUCGACCACAUCGAGACCAUAGUGACGAUCGAUCUGCGACAGCUUAUUCCAGUGUACCCCUAGAUGGCCAGACAAGCGUUGUUGAGGCCCUUAUAGGCAUCCUAUUGAGAACUUGGAGAGCUCGUCCAGGCACGUUGGUUAUAAAACCGUCCCCGUUAAUGAAUGACAUAUUUCAUCGUACCUCACUUUUCCAGGGCAUCCGUCUGUUCGCCCGUACCGCAUGUUUGUUGGCCAUGUUGUGCGAUGCGAUCCCGAUGAAUCUGCUCCCUACCGCUUCGUUACUUCCGGUCAUUCGUGAACUUUCCAAUUGUUUGGCUCGUCGGGGCGGUGGUCCUCAACCGCGUCGUUCGGACACUGUCGAACAUACAAUGAGUUUGCUAGAGCAAACAGCUGAGCGCAUGCGUCACACGAUGUCUAAUUUACGUAAACAGCUG